UGACCUGGUUUUGAGAAUUCUCCAUGAUGGCGCCAAAUCAAUGUACUAAAUAUUGUUAUUUAUUCGGUAUAAUUAACAAGGAAGAUCGUUAUUGACGAUUCAUUGGAAUAGCUGUAAAUUGAUCUUUCCUACAAUAAUCCGUCCAGUUCAAUAAGAGGUACCAAAACCAACAGUGAUGCCAUGUAAUUUGCCUGCGGAAAAUUCUUGAAAAAAUAAUAACACAGGUUUGGUUGUAGGACAGGAAUGCCACCAAAUAAAAGCAAACGUCCAUUCCGGGACGAAAGUCCAGAACAAGAUGGACUUUCUAAAAAACAAAGGCCAGAUACGGAGGAAGAGGAAGAUGACAAGGAGACACAGGAUGGUGAAAAGAACAAAGCCAACUGUAGUAAGGCGGGAGGUAAAGUGUUGCGUAGUCCCAGUGUGUCGUCCCACAACAAACCUGCAGAGUUGUUCAGAAAAGACUUGAUUAGUGCUAUGAAGCUGGCUGACUCGGAGCCCCUCAAUGCAGACAACUAUCACCUCAUUGCUGAUCAGUGGAAGCAGGAUUGGGAGAAGGGUGUCCAGGUUCCAGUCAACUCUGAAGCCAUCCCAACUGUUGAAGUCAGUGAAAAGACGUCAUGGACAAAGCUUGGUGGAGACUUCAAAAUACCUCGAAAGUUCCUGCAUGCCACGAAGGAUGAAAGCUUUCAGCAGAGUAUCCAUGAGUUCACAGGGAUGCAGCAACUAUCAGAGUCAGUUGUCCGCUAUGAUUUAGACAAUCUUGAUGUAUGCUGGCUACAGAAGGCAAAUGAAGAGAGAGAAGAAAAUGCUGAAGUCCUUAUACACGAAUGGACAAUGGAAAGGGUCAUUGAAGCCUUAGAGAGUCAGUGUUAUGAAAAGAUGCAGAACAAGAAGAAGACUGAGGAAGGACUUGGCAUUGAGUAUGAUGAGGAUGUGGUGUGUGAAGUCUGUCGCUCGCCGGACAGUGAGGACAACAAUGAGAUGGUGUUUUGCGAUGGCUGUGAUAUAUGUGUUCACCAGGCAUGCUACGGCAUACAAAAAAUCCCUGAGGGGAGCUGGCUGUGUCGAGUAUGUGCCCUGGGUAUCAAACCUCGCUGCAUACUCUGUCCAAAGAUAGGUGGCGCCAUGAAGAGUACACGGAGCGGGACCAAGUGGGCCCACGUGAGUUGUUCACUGUGGAUUCCUGAGGUCACCAUUGGCUGUGUUGAGAAGAUGGAGCCGAUUACAAAGAUCUCACAAAUACCUGCAAGUCGUUGGGCAUUGAUAUGCUGUCUCUGUAAGGAGAGGACGGGAGCUUGUAUCCAGUGCUCCGUAAAGGCUUGUAAAACAGCUUUCCAUGUGACCUGUGCUUUUCAGUACAAACUUGAGAUGAGGACGAUUCUAACAGAAAAUGAAAGCGACGAAGGCAUCAAGCUUAAGGGAUAUUGUCCCAGACACAGCAAGAACCGAGAGCAUGGAAAUUCUGAUUCAGACACUGAUUCUCCUAGGAAAAGCCUGUCCGGGUCUCCACGAAAAGAACUCACUGACGAGGAAAUCGCUAGAAUGAGAGCAGAAAAGUUAAAACAACUGGAGGAGGAGUUCUAUAAGGAGAUUGAUACAGAUGAGAUUUCCAGUGCCUUGCAGGUGGAACCAGGCACCAUAGAACUCAUAGCCGCCUACUGGAAACUCAAACGCAAGACCAUGUUUGAUACUCCAUUGCUGAUGCCAAAGACAGAAGAGGAAGACCUGCUGGAGAAACAACAGGAGGACAGCCUCAUCGCACGGAUGAAGAUGUUUGUACAACUUCGACAGGACCUGGAAAGGGUACGGAACCUGUGUUACAUGGUGGGUAAAAGAGAAAAGAUGAAGAAACAGUUCUACAAAAUGCGUGAGAAUGUGUUUAUGGGUCAAGUUAAGGUGUUGACGGACAGCAAGGUGUCAUUGACAGAGCGCGAAGUGAAAAGGAUUGCCAAGAAGUACCAUCAUCACAGUAUCUAUGACUGGAAAACUGUGGAGAAGUAUGGCUUCAAUCCUACGCCUGUUCUGGACGAGGAAAAGGAAGAAGAGGACCCAUUCUUGGUAUUAGACAUUCCUGAGGAACCCCUUUCUCUUGAUCUUAAUGCACCGUCAUUAGGGUCUCCUUGUGAGGAAAACACAAAGACAGAUUUAGAAUCUGAACCAGAAUCUAAACCAAUGCUGCCUGUGGUUAGGAGAGACCCAGUAUUGAAAAAAGGAUUUUCGCGAAGAAAGGCAAAACAUGUGAAAAGGAAGUUGAUGAGGGCAGCAUUGACUGUUGAGGAUUGUGAGGAAGAUAUUGAUGUAGUUUCUGACAAUGUCCCAGUUAAGAAUCCUCUAGAUGGUCUUGAUAGUGUGUCAGAACCAGAGCAAGUCAUUGAAAAAUCUCAUCGGCGUGGUCGACCUAGUCGGCAAAGUCGAAAAAGUGACAUUCAACAGGAAGUUGAGGAAGUCUCGGACAAUAAGGUUUGUCCAGAGAGUGAACAUAGAGAAAAACGGACACGAUCUAGUUUUCACGUUCCUUUGUCGGAGGAGGAGGUGACCCAGUCUGUAACAAAGACGUCAGUCAAAGAGGAACAAGAUUCAGAUUGUAGUGCUUUUAAUCAGAAUUUAGAAAUUGAUGUGAAAACUGACAAUGUUGAUGAUAAGGAGAGUGAAUGUCCUGUGAAAGAAGACAUUGAGGAUAGUUGUACAUUUGUGGGCUCAAGAGAGCUUCGGAGUACUUCAGUCAAAUCUGAGGUGAUACCAGCACCAAAGACAGAGGAAGCGUUAAAGCCAAGACCAAAUAGCAAGGUGUCUGACCGUGUGAAAUCUGAGCUUAACCAGUAUAUGAGGAUAAACAAACUUGUGGUUCCCGAUAAGAUUAAGAUGAAAGUGCAGAGAGGACUUUUUAGAGCAUCCUCGAAAUCGAGGUUAAAACAAUUAAAUGGUUUGUUAGACCGUAAACAAACCCGUCUCGACAGUUUCUUCAAAAAUGGCAAAAAAACUGACAUUGUAGACUCAACAUUAAUAGAUGAGUCUGCCUCAAUUAAUGGACACAAGUCAGUGUCACGUGUGUUGAACGAGAUAUCUCCUUCCAAGACUCGUCAAUCUGGAAACAGCUGGUAUGGUUCACCAGCUAUUUCUCCGAAAGGAUAUAGAUCUCCGCCUGUGUCGCCGAGGAAUAGCCUGGGCAAUUACCGAAUUCCCAAAAAAAGCAGUUCGGUUGAUGAACAGAUUGUCUCUCGGGCAGGGGAAGAUAACUCUCUGACGGGAUUAAUAAACAGCUCCCCCAGGCCUGAAACAAGGAGUUCCCGUCGCCGUAUAGAUGGGGUGGAUUCCAAUAGUAGAGACAGUUUCAGCCGUCGUAGCAGCAGGGAAAAUUCUCCAGACAGUACACUAAGUUUACAAAGUCGAGGCAGUAACUUUCGGGGUCUGGUUAGGGUAGGGGAUAGUGAUCGUGUUUUAACAAGGGCCAGUUCUCCCGCAUCAUCCUACAAGAGUCUCGAUCAUCACACAGACUACAUUGACGUAGAAAACUUGUUCCACGAGGCAGAUAUUGCCCCAAAGCGUGUGACUCGAAGUCAGAUCAGUGACAGUGAGUGUUCACGAGAUUCUACGGACUUCGUCUACAAGGCGAUCACUGUCUCAUGUCCGCAGUCUCAUGUCCUGACCAAGGCAAAGGCUCAUUGAUAUCAUCUGUAAUGAUAUUUAACGGCUCAAUAACUAGUUUUAUGUCUUUUAAGAUUUAUUUUUUUUGCAAUUUAGCUGAUGUAGGUAGGGAAUGCAAUAUAAUCAUGUUUGACCAUUAUUUCAGUUGUAUCAACUGUUAAUACAAUUCUAUUUCAUAAGAUCACAUUGGUUCACAUUUUUGGUUUUGGGACAUACAUUUCCAAAUCACAGGGACAAAUAUGUCAAAGUGUUAAAUGUCUUUCAAAAACAGGAACAUCAAAUUAAGUACUAUUAAAGAUUUUUGAUCAAAAUAGAUAUAAUUUUUAGAAGUUUCAAACAAACCAUUAUGUUGCAAGCUAAAAUUUCUUCAAUUCAAGUGGCAUUUGUAUGAUAUAAAAGGAUCUAUUUGUUUUAAAUGAAUAUUAUUCAUGAUCAGUUGCACACAGAAACUGGCUUUCAGUUGAUAUACAUGAAAUAUAUUAAUCCAUUAUUUAUUUCUUUAAAUUUCCAUCCAUCUACAUCUAUAUGUAAAUCCUAUUGUUAUGAAUAGUUGACAAUCAACUAUGCAUACUUUCUUAGUUUAAUUAAUUUAUUGAAAGCAUGAAAAGUUAAACACUUUAAAACUAUUAUUGAGUAAUAAAUGUUCAACUUUUAAUAUUUCUUUAUGUAGAUUUUUUUCUUAUGAAUUUUCCAAGUGUCAAAAAUACUGAAAUGUUUUCUGUCUUAUGAUUAAUAUCGAGUUAGAAUUCAAAGCAUGAUGGAAUUUUAUCACUUUAUCAUGUUUAGGAUGACCCAUACUUGUCUGAAAUUGAAUCAGUUAUUUUUGAUUUUUACAUUAUUAACAUGUCCUGUAGCUAGGGAGCCAUGAAGUAUGUCCGAUUCUAUGUACGUAACUUGAGUUUUUACCUCUUUGGUUCUAAGUUAUAUUUAAAUCAACCUCAGAUUUCCCAAAUACGUUCCCAAAAUGUGGCAUUCUGGAAUUAAAUGGCAUUUAGAGACGGUGCUGUGUGAUAAUCUGCUUGCAGCUUCAAAACCGACAAGUUCUUGUUUUGUAAAGAAAUCAAACGAAAGUGCAUUUUAAUUGGAAGUUACACCAAGAUCUGAUAUUAGCUAGGACAGAGUAUCGUAGGUGAAAGGGGAGGGGCGAAGUUGAUCAGUUUAUUUUUCUUGAUUUAAGUUUGUCAAACUAUUUGAGAAUUCAGGUUAUUCUGUAGAGUUAUAACUUACAAAUCAUGAAAAACCUGUUCAAAUGCAAGCUUAAGGUUGUUUGUGUUCAUCUAGAAAAUUAUGCAUAGAUCAAUACUUAAUUGAAAUCACAAAUAUAUUGAUUUUAGACUGCAUUUAUAAAUUCAGGUUUUUUGACAUGUUGUUUACAUAUCAAUAUAGGUAAUGUCAGACACUUAUGUUUUUCCAAAUUCAUUUAAAUUACUUGUUUCAUUUUUGUUGCUGAUAUAAGAGUUUAUAAAAAUCUAGGGAUUGAAUUGGUUUUAAUUAUGUAAUAAAGAGGUCAGUGCUGCAAUGUCCACAAGUAAGAAAUUAAAAGUACUUAAAUUUGAAGGAUUACAGCCAUGAAUUAUAUGGUCACCAUUCAAAUUGUUCGAACUCUUGAAAACAAGUUAUCACCUCAAAUAAUCAUCAUGAUCAAUAUUCUUCUGAAAUAAGGACAUUCAAACUAUACAGAGAAACGCUAUUUUUAAAAUACCCACUGCGAAUCUACAUAUUACAACUUUAGUGAAAACAAAAAUUAUAAAAUUGCCUCAAAGUUUAUUCUUUAUUUUCUAGAAAUAGGUUUGACUAUCACUAUCUGUAAUGAAUAUGAGGACUUUACACAAUAUAUACCUGCUAUCAUAUUUAUGUUGAACGAAAAAUACUUAUAUUUGUCAUACGAACAUGACUGAAAGCAUGGGUACCUCAAAAUAUCUACGUAUUGGAUAUGCAUUUAUAUUACAUAUGCAUGUAAGAAUUUUUAACAAAUCCAGUCAGUACAUUGUACCUGUUUACAUGUAUGUUGUUUUCACUGUGCCAUUACAGGUGUGAUAGUAAUUCACUUCAAACUCAUAACUACCCAGUAAACUGAAGCCCAGUUUCGGUAGAAUGUUGUUGUUGACCAUUAAACAAGAAGUAUGUACACGUACAUUAAGCCGGUUGAUGUAGCUGUCAUCAUAUGAUCAAUUCAUCUUAAAUGUGUUGAAAAAUUUAUUCACAUAUUUUCGUCGACUAUUUAUAAAGCUCUUCAUCGACUUACGAAUCAUUACAUCCACUUCUCACAUAUUUCAUUCAUGACAUUAACACUGUACUAGAGUAUAUGUACGUACCGCAGGCAGCUUGGUGUAUGUUGGGAGCGACAUCGUCAUCCCAAAUAUAGGAUUAAGUUCAAUACUCAAAUUCAUGUCUAGUCCCGGUAUUUCAGUGGCAAAGUGUGAAUAAUCUUUUAAAGUUUGAUGCAUACAUUGAAACCUGACUUUACCGACCACUGUCUUUAACAACAUCCUGUAUCAUCCAGCCAUAUCCACCAGAACCGAGACAUUCACUACCUUUUCCGGAAUCCUGCAUAAAUUUUCGACAGAAAUGCAAUUUACUGUUAUUUUCUCUCUGACUUUAUUGACCUAUCCCUUUACAAAAAAAACUUUUCCCAAUAAUGCUGCUUAGUAAUUUUUCACAGGACCUGACAACUAGACUUUAAAGGGUUACCAGAGCUUCCAGUUGACCUUUUAUUUUAGCAAUAUCAGGAGUCAAAUCACUACUUUUCAGAAAUCGAACACAUUGAUUCAGUCCAAAAGUGUGUCAGCAAAGUCAGGUUUCACUAUAUUUGCAUAAAAUGUCCGACAAGAUGUAUGUUAGCCAAAAAAGUAUUUUGUAAAUUAAACUUUUAUAUUGAAAAACGAUUUCUUCAAAGUGCAUGUUUGAAUUAAUUAUUGUUCGAGAUCAAUGAAAGAAUUUGAUUAUGACCUGGGAGAUAUUUUUGAGAAAUAACAUAUGAAGAGAUAUAAGUCCAUUAAAUUUUAAUCAAAUGUCUAUGAAAGAUUUAUUGUAUUUGGGAAAAUAUAUUUUUACAUUCUUAAAUCCUUCAAAAUUAUCUGGAUUGAAUCUGAUGACUUGUGUGUGUCUUAACUCUGAAUUACCAUUCAUGUUGCAAUUUAUUGGUGUAGUAGUCUAGAAAAGUAGACAUAGUUUUCAUUUAUUACAAGAUUCAUGAAAAAUGUUUUAUUUCUGUAAUGCUUGAUUCUCGAAUCCUGAAAAUAAGUUAAGAAAAGUCUUUUUUAACGUUAAUUAAGGGGAGGUUAUUCAUUACUAAGAAAGAAUUUCUGGUAUUCAAAUAUGAUAAUUUGUUGAUUUUCAUUAAAUUAAAGAUUUAAAAAAUAAUGUUCAUAGUAUUGUCUGUGUAAAUACUAUCAGCAAUAGGUGUAAUGUAUAUAGCAUAUAUUAAAAUUAUCUUUUUAUGAAAAAGAAAAUCUAUAAAAAAUAAAUGCUGUGCCAACA